CAAAAUCACAAUCCCCUACUUUGCCUGUGGUUGUGUGCCUGUCCCUGCCAUUCUCACCGGUCCACCACCCAAAAAACGAUGGCCAUGGUGGUGGUGUUGGUGGUGGUGGGUUGAUGGUGAUAUGCUCCAGGGAGAGAACUGGAGUGAUGAGUCCCACAGUAACACUCACAACCCCCAACUCCCUAGUCCCACCAUAACCAGGCCACCACCACCUCUCUCCUUGCCCAGCUAUAAAUUAAAGAAGAUAGAAGCUAAGCUAAAAACUCAGUACAGAGCCAGAGAGAAUCUCAAUGACUAGAGUCGGAUAAAAGCCGAAACACACGUGACGAAAGCUUCUCUUCUCUCUCUCUCUCUCUCCUCUUCAAGCUGUCCAUCUUUUUGUUUGAACGCAAUCAUUCAAGGAACCCAGACACCCACCACCGUCCUCUUUCUUUGCUUGCCUUGUUCUUUCUCUUAAUCGCUUUAUUUAUUGAAAAGAAGCACUACCAAUUUGCUUCUUCUUCCUUCCUUUGGUCUCUCAAUCUCAGAGAAGAUGUUGAGGUUUCGGUUUUGGUUUUCUCUCCUGAUGCUUUUUUUUCUUCUCCUGGGUCUCUUCAUCAGUGUCUCUGUAGCUGCAGUGGGUAAGCCCAAGCUGGAUAAGAGGACCUACAUCGUUCACAUGGCCAAGUCUGAAAUGCCGGAGAGCUUUGUGGAGCAUACAGAAUGGUAUGCAUCGAAUCUGAAAUCAGUGUCGGAAUCAGCAGAAAUGCUAUACACAUACAACACCGUCAUCCAUGGCUUCUCCACUCGGCUCACUGACCAAGAGGCGAAGUCACUCGAGGGCUUACCUGGGAUCGUCGCCGUCUUACCUCAAGUGAGAUACGAGCUUCACACUACUCGAACUCCCGAGUUUCUGGGUCUCGACAAGAACCAGGGGAUGUUGCCCCAAUCUGCCUCCGCGAGCGAAGUGAUAGUCGGAGUUCUUGACACUGGUGUCUGGCCCGAAAGCCAUAGCUUCGACGACAAGGGACUCGGCCCUGUUCCGAGUAGUUGGAAAGGCGUGUGCGAGGAAGGUACUCACUUUAACGCCUCUAGCUGUAACCGGAAACUGAUCGGCGCAAGAUUUUUCUCCAAAGGCUACGAAUCAACACUGGGUCCUAUUGACGAAACCAAAGAAUCGAAAUCGCCGAGGGACGACGACGGCCACGGCACCCACACGUCGACCACGGCGGCCGGAUCAGUCGUGGAAGGCGCGAGCCUCUUCGGGUAUGCCUAUGGGGUGGCUCGAGGCAUGGCUUCAAAUGCAAGAGUUGCUGUCUACAAGGUGUGCUGGAUAGGAGGUUGUUUCAGUACAGACAUUAUGGCUGGCAUGGACCAAGCCAUUAAAGAUGGGGUGAACGUCUUGUCCAUGUCGCUUGGCGGUGGGACGGCCGAUUACUUCAGAGACAGUAUUGCCAUGGGAUCUUUCGCUGCGACGGAGAGAGGGAUUUUCGUGUCUUGCUCCGCUGGAAACGCCGGCCCUUCUUCCUACAGCUUGUCCAACGUCGCCCCUUGGAUAACCACUGUUGGUGCUGGAACCUUGGACCGUGACUUCCCUGCUUAUGUUAUGCUCGGCAACGGGAAAAACUACACUGGAGUUUCUCUCUACAGUGGAACCCCAUUAUCUAAUUCGCAACUCCCACUUAUUUACGCCGGCAACGCCAGCAACACUUCCAGCGGGAAUUUGUGCAUGACGGGGACCUUGAUACCGUCCAAAGUAGCCGGAAAAAUCGUUUUGUGCGAUCGAGGGGUCAAUCCCAGGGUUCAGAAAGGAGCCGUUGUAAAAGACGCUGGUGGCGCAGGGAUGAUUCUGUCGAACACGGCUGCAAACGGAGAAGAGCUGGUGGCCGAUGCUCAUCUCCUCCCGGCGACAACUGUGGGUGAGAAGGCCGGCAAUAUGAUAAAGGAGUAUCUCACCUCGGAUUCCAAUCCGACUUCCACGAUUGCUUUCGGAGGCACGAAAGUUGGGAUUCAACCGUCACCGGUGGUGGCAGCGUUCAGCUCGAGAGGACCGAACCCUAUCACCCAGGAGAUACUCAAACCGGACCUGAUCGCACCAGGUGUCAACAUCCUGGCUGGCUGGACUGGUGCAGUAGGACCCACUGGCCUAGCUGCCGAUACAAGACGCGUUGGAUUCAACAUCAUAUCAGGUACAUCGAUGUCGUGCCCACACGUGAGUGGUCUCGCAGCGCUCUUGAAGGCGGCGAAACCCGAUUGGAGUCCCGCAGCUAUCCGGUCGGCGCUGAUGACAACAGGUUACACCACCUAUAAAACUGGCGCAACUAUCGAAGACCUCUCUACAGGGAAAGCAGCUACCCCGUUUGAUUUCGGAGCAGGACACGUGGAUCCGGUUUCAGCCCUUGAUCCUGGCCUCGUCUAUGACCUCACCGUCGAGGAUUACCUUGGCUUCCUCUGCGCUUUAAACUACACCGAUAAUCAGAUGUUGCUGGUAGCGAAGAGGAACUUCACGUGCGAUACAGGCAAGAAGUAUAGCGUCACUGAUCUUAACUACCCUUCUUUCGGUGUCCUUCUCCCGACAGCCAUUGAUGGUGGUGGCGGUGGCAGUGCUAGUGGGCCAACCGUCGUUAAGCAUACAAGGACGCUGACGAAUGUGGGAAGCCCUGCAACGUAUAAGGUGUCGAUAUCUUCAGAGACGCAGUCGGUGAAGAUGUCCGUUCAGCCUGCAUCUUUGACUUUCAGUGCACCAAAUGAGAAAAAGAUGUACACAGUGACGUUCACUGCAACUUCAAUGCCGUCAGGGACGAACAGCUUUGGUCGUAUUGAAUGGUCCGACGGGAAGCACAUCGUCGGUAGCCCUAUAGCAUUUAGUUGGACGUGAUCAUCAUCAACUAGAAAGUUUUCAGUUCAAUUGUUAAUUACCAAGAAGUAAUGGGCAGAAAUACCUAUUAUAAUUUAUACUCUUCUUAAGUAUGUUCUCCGGCCAGCAACACAGGCCGGUUAAGUGUUUGAUGUUUGUUCUCUCAGAAGAAAGAAACACGAAAAUCCAGAAAAGAAAAAAAAAAAAGAUGGGAAAAUUACAAGAUUACCUACAAA